GACUGCCUCAUCCUCCUCGAGCCCACCAUUGCCUAUGUCACUGUGUUCUACCUCAGCCAUGGCGACCUCAGCGUGCUCUACGUCUUCCUCCUGCGCUUCGUCUUCCUCGUGGACACCCACAUCGGUGAAUACGCAGCAAAACCAGGUGGGCCCGCAGAGCUUCUACCCCUCCUGGACUGCCUGGGAACCAACAUCCUCAAGUGA